CCAAUCGAUUUAUAGAAUGUUUUAUCCAAAAACUCCAUUUUAUGGCAAAGCAUUUCUACUGGAAAAUCAAAUUCUUAAAGUCAACUCCGACGAAUUGAACCAAUUAUUACCAUGGCUCUGCAAGACGCCCCGCACUACAACAUAUCGCAUCAACACACUACGCACCAGUGUGGUGGACUACAAACUGAAAUUGGAAACCAAAUUAAGCGCGCUUUAUGGUUCGUCAGCUCCUCGAGUUUAUGAGUUGAAAGAAAUACCUGAAAUGCUGUGUAUUUCACCUUUGGACACAACAGCGGAAAAUACAUAUGAUGACUGCCGCAAAGAGAUUAUCGUUGACACCAGUUGCGGCGCUGCGGUAUUGCGUGGUGCACACAUUUAUGCUCCUGGCGUGUUGGCUAUGGAAUCAGGCACUCAGCUUCAUGAAAUUGUCAAUGUGUUUGCCGAUUUGCCAGGAAAAUGCAAACGGGGCACAGCAACUCGCUACGACUGCAAUGAGAAGAUCUACGUAGGUGUGGGUGAGGUGCUCAUGCAACGCCAUCAGCUGUACAACAACAAGGAACAGCCAGCUUCGGGAAUUGCAGUGCGCAUGCAAACGAAUGUGAGUGGAGUUCCCACAUUGGGAGAUCUAAGUGAUGAGGAUGCACUGCUCCAGAACUUGCCCUCAAUGGUAUGCGUAAGGGUGCUAGAUCCACAGCCGGGUGAACGCAUUCUUGACAUGUGCGCGGCACCAGGCAACAAGACAACACACAUGGCCGAACUGAUGGGCAACAGAGGCACCAUAAUUGCCCUGGAUAACUCAGCGAAUCGUGUGCGAUCCAUGAAAGAGAAGCUUGCCAAUUACACUUGCAUUACGGCGCAUCAAUUUGAUGCUACAAAAGCAUGGGAUGACAGCAGUGUUACAGAUUCAAUAGCUCCGCCAUUUGCAUCUGGUAGCUUUGAUCGCAUACUGUUGGAUGCACCCUGCAGUGGAUUGGGCAAUCGUCCGCAGCUCUGUUGCAACAUUAAGCAGCCCAAGGUGCUUCAAUCCUACCCACAUAUACAGCGCAAUCUACUCUCUCAGGCUGUGCCCUUGCUUCGUCCUGGUGGCAUCCUUGUCUACAGCACCUGCACCGUUACCGAGGCUGAAUGUGAGGAGAUCGUGUCCUGGGCUUUACGCAAAUACACUCAACUGCAGCUGGUGGAUGCAACACCGAAACUGGGCGCACCUGGUCUACCAUUGCCAGAUCUAGAUGCUGCCCAGCGCGACCUUCUGCAGCGUUUUGGGCCAAGUCAUGAGAAUCGUAUGCAAAACUUGGAUACUGUCGGCUUCUUUAUAGCCAAAUUUCAGAAGGUUUUGGAUUAGGCGUUGUUAUGAUAUGAACUAAAC